CCGUUAGUUCGGAUCAGGCUGUUGGCGGGACUCGCGCGACAGGAAGAGACUCGGCGGCGGGCUGUUUGUUAUUGUAAAGUAAAGAAAGAGACCAUGCAGUUCUCAGGCAGAAGGAGGAAGCUUGCAGUUCACUCUCAGAAUGAUCUCUACAGCCACUGUCUGCAGCUGUAUGUGCAGCCUCCUCUGGAGAACAUAUCCCUCAGCGAGUUUGAGACCUUUGCAGUGGAGAGGCUGAAAUUGUUGAAGACUGUGGAGAACCUUGGUGUCAGCUAUGUGAAAACAACGGAGCAGUACACCAAGAAACUUCACGCUGAAAUCUCAAACCUUAAUUUCCCACACAAAGCAGAAGUGGAUGAGGCAAGUUUUACCAAAAGUCAGGUUGGACCAUCUGAAUAUGAGAAGCGAAGGAAAGACCACAUCUCUCAUUUUAUUCUGCGCCUGGCAUAUUGCCAAACGGAGGAUCUCAGACGGUGGUUUAUCCAGCAGGAAAUGGACCUUUUUCGCCACCGUUUCAAUGACCUCAGCUCCAAGUAUAAGACUGAGUUUCUGCAUAAAAAUAAUCUGAAAUAUGACACGUUAAGUGCGGAUGAAAAGAUGAAUCUGAAAGAUCAGCUCAUAAACUCCACUUUUGGUUUUAGUGGAAUCACUAUUGUGGAGCAGGAUUUCUACAAGGUCCCUUUCCAAGAUGCCUUGGAUUUAAUACGGACGAGGAAAGUCUUCCUGAGAGGUGGUUAUGCCUACAUUCCCCACCAGGAUAUUGUCACAAUUGUUCUGAAUGACUUCCGCACAAGACUUUCCAAAGCUCUCGCACUGACCGCACGAUCCUUACCAGCGGUACAGUCUGAUGAACGGCUCCAGCCUCUGCUCAACCACCUCAGCCAUGCCUACGUGGGCCAAGAUUACAGCAUCCAGAAAAACAUUGGGAAGAUUUCCUUGGAGCAGAUUGAUCCACUCUCAGCGAAGUCCUUCCCUCUGUGCAUGAGGCAGCUCCACAAGUCCUUAAGAGAGAACCACCAUCUGCGCCACGGUGGCCGCAUGCAGUACGGCCUCUUCCUCAAGGGCAUCGGCCUUACCUUGGAGCAGGCGCUGCAGUUCUGGAGGUCUGAGUUCAUUAGAGGCAAGGUGGACGCAGAUAAGUUUGACAAAGCAUAUGCCUACAGCAUCCGCCACAUGUUUGGAAAGGAAGGAAAGCGAACAGACUACACCCCCUACAGUUGUAUGAAGGUGAUUUUGUCAAAUCCACCGAGCCAAGGCGACUACCAUGGAUGUCCAUUCCGCCACAGUGACCCAGAGCUACUGAAGCAGAAGCUGCAGUCUUAUAAGCUCUCCCCCAGUGGGAUCGUUCAGAUUUUGGAGCUCGUCAAGGGAAUGCACUAUCAGCUGGCCUGCCAGAAGUACUUCGAGUUGACACACAAUAUUGAAGAUGCCGGAUUCUCUCUGAAUCAUCCCAACCAGUACUUCAUGGAGAGCCAGAGACUGCUGGGUGGAGUCAAAGAGAUCAAGAAAGAAGUGGAGGUGCCCCAGAAAGUGCAGGAAAACUCAGCCACUAAUGGUACCAGUGUGUCACGUCAGCCCAACACUACACAGGCUAUGGAGGAGAUGGGGGAUCUAGACUCGUAUUUUGCUGACGAGUAAUGGUGCGGUGCAGUUACACAAAACAACAAAUGAUCUUCUCUCAGCGCCUUUAUAGCACUUUUCCCACUGUUCUUUUUGUAUUUCCUUGGUUAUUAAAAAUAUUACCUUUAGUGGCACUUUGUUACUUGGUGAUUGUCUUUUUACAUGAAAAAUUAAUAAAAUUAAUACUGGGAAAAAAAA